CGUUGUUGGAAAAAACCCGUUUAAUCUGCGUCUAGCCAUCUAUAGUCUAGUCAAUUCAUUCAUUCCGGCAUCCACUCUAGGCCUAAUCCAUGCGUUUUACUAGUGCGACUCCAAUUAAUCAGCGUCGUUCACCGCCAAACUGAUGACGGCAGUUCAUCUCUAAAGGCCAAACUACAAAGUCAACGAGUGAAAGAAUUUAUCUAACGGUAAAAGUUUUAAAUUAAUUUAAAAACAUGGAGUUAUUGGAUGAUUUCCCACCUGGGCCAUUGGAUGCAUACCGAAAGAAAGCAUCGUUUGAUUGGAAACAAUUAAAAGUCCUACUGGACACGGAAGAUAUAAUAAUAUUCAAGAAUGAAGUAGUAAAAGCCCUACAAAGUGACCCAGUAUUUGAUCCGCAUGAUGAUGACUUCAGUCUAGAUGAAAUCCGACGUGAUACUCUUUUAAAAGAAAAAUCCCUGGAUAAAUACGAGGCACUAUACCUCGUUAAUUCAUUAGAUGGCACACCGAAAUUAUCAGCCGCUCUGCAAUCGAUGACUCAAUGGAAUCCCAGCGUGACAUUACGCGAAGGACUCAAAACCGGCUUAUUUGCGAAUGUCAUCCGCGCAUUAGGCACUGAGCAGCAUCAACACUACGCCCACAUGGCGGAUAACUAUGAACUUUUAGGUUGUUUCGCCAUGACAGAAAUCGGCCAUGGAUCCAACACAAAAAUGCUGCAAACCCGAGCUACAUAUGAUAAAACAACCAGGACUUUUGUAAUUCAUUCCCCAAAUUUUGAAGCAGCAAAAUGCUGGAGUGGCAUGGCAGGCCAAUGUGCUACACAUGCAGUGUUGUAUGCUCAACUAUAUACAUCAGAUGAAGUGUGCCAUGGAAUUCAUCAAUUUGUUGUGGAAAUUCGCGAUACUAAAUCGCAUUUGCCUUCACCAGGAGUAAUAAUUGCUGAUAUGGGGCAUAAAAUUGGUUUGAAUGGCAUUGAUAAUGGAGUAAUUAUGUUUGAUAAUUAUCGUGUACCAAAAAGUGCACUUUUAAACAAACACUGUGAUGUCACCGAUGAUGGCGUCUAUAUCCCAAAAAUGAAAGACCCAAAGAAACGCUUUGGUUCAUCAUUAUAUGCCAUUACAUCAAACCGAUUGAAUGUCUCCUCGAUCAGUUUAGCGUUUCUACUCAAAGGAAUCACGAUUGCCGUGCGUUAUUCAGCUGUACGCAAACAAUUUUCACCGGAUGACUCGAACGAAGAGUUACCUAUUCUAGAAUAUCAGCUACAGCAAUAUAGAUUAUUACCCUACCUAGCUGGUUGCAUCGUGCAUCAAGUAGCAUUAUACUUUUUAACAUCAGAUAACACCGCCACCUUAAUCGAAAUAGUCUCCGGAAAUCCCCGGCCUGAUGAACACGAACGCGGAAUUGAGAUUCAUGCAAUUUCAACUGCCUGUAAAUCAUUUUCGUCUUGGUUCCAUCGUGAUGGCUUACAGGAGUGUCGCGAGGCAUGCGCCGGGCACGGAUAUCUUAAAGUAGCACGAUUAGGUGACUGCCGUAAUGAUAACGAUGUUAAUAUGACAUACGAAGGAGAAAACAACGUCCUUGUACAACAGACAAGUAACUGGCUGCUUAAACUAUGGCCGAUGGUAUUGAACAAGGAACACAUAACUUCCCCAUAUGAAUCUGUGAGCGUUCUCAACAAAGGAUUAACCAUAUUAAGCCUAAAGUGCAAAGUUACAAGUAUAGAAGAAAUGAUGCGCCCCGAUGUGAUAAUAAACACUUAUCAAUGGUUAAUCUGCCAUUUGUUGAAGUCCUCCGCAGAGAAAUAUCAAAACAAUCUUAAACAACAUGGCGACUCCUUCCGGGCGCGCAAUGACAAUCAAAUAUUUUAUGCUAAGGACUUAACACUAGUAUAUAUACAGCAUUAUUUCCUGCACAGAUUUCUUGUAUUUAUUGAAUCCACUAACGACGUGGCAAUAAAACGAGUGUUGGAGAAUGUUUUUGCGCUAUAUGCGUUGUUUAAUUUAGAAAAACACGUCGCUCACUUGUAUAAAGGCGCAUAUUUCGUAAGCGACUUGCAUAGUACUCUAUUACACGAUAGUAUUCUUCGGGCCAUGGCCGCCAUUAAAGACGAUGCAGUGGCACUUGUCGAUGUCAUCGCCCCGCACGAUUAUUUAUUAAAUUCGGUGCUUGGCAAUUCCGAUGGACAAGUCUAUCAACAUUUACAACGCGCCAUCUUUACCGGAAAGAAUAAUAUGACGCGGCCAACUUGGUGGCAGGAAAUCAUGCACAACCAAUCGAAACUUUGAUUGAAUAUUAAUUGUUAACAAGCACCAACACCACAACACUUAUGAUAUUUUUGUGCUUUACUUACCGAUAAUAAAUUUUACAAAAUUUUGUUGUGAAUGUAA